UGGACAAGGUAUUUAAAUAACCUUUGCUUUUCAGCAAACUGGAACCCUUGCCUGGCUGUGGAAACGAAACCAAGAGCUAAGAUUUUUUUCUUCUCCAAGUUGGCACCUACAUAUAGCUAGCUAGAGCCCGGUGAUUUUUUUCUCCCACUUUGGACAUCCACGGAUGGUGAACUGUUCUGUGGAGCUAUUAUUAAAUAGUCAUUGCUUUGGUUGUCAGAGAGGAUACAAUACAUUUUUUGAUUUGCCAGAAUUGAACAUGCUAAAUACCGAAGAAAGUACCUCGUUAAUGGGCUCCAAGCUCCAGUGCUCCAGACACAGCGCCCCAGGGCCUCUGUGGUGCUCCGAUGUCCCUCACCCACAACUGAAGAUCCCGGGUGGGCGAGGGAUUGGCAGGGAUCACUCUCUCAACGUACUGCUACACAAGGACAACAGGCUGACGGUGACACAGAGCGCACCUGUGAACGGCACGCCCCCUGUCCUGCACUUCCAGUACCAGCUGAGUGAGCGCCGCACGGCCUGCUGGGAGACGGUGUUCUCCUCCAACAGCCUCUUCUUGGAGAUCCCAGAGGGCUCACUCCCAGAGGGCAGCAAAGAGAGCCUCACCAGUCUGCUGGAGUUUGCUGAAGAGAAGCUGAAAGCCAGCUACAUCUUCUUGUGGUUCAAGAAAAGCAGAGACGAUCGAUUGUCCAUUACAAAAACUUUCCACUACAUGGGCUUUGAGAUUGUGAAGCCAGGCCAUCCCCUGGUACCUGCCCGGGCAGACCACCUGUUCAUGGUCUACUCUCUGGAUCACACAAGCUCCGAUGAAGAAUGACGAGCCCCUCUUGGUCCACCCUAGUCCCUUCUUUCGCUGCUGCCUUCGCCUAGCCUGCCACUGUGCUAAUAGAAGUAGCUCAAGGCUAAUCUCUGCGGGACAUUUAAACUCUACCCUCCUGGAUGACUGGAGGGGACUGGGGACUUGGACUGAUAAUCCCACUGGUUGUUCUCCAUCCUACCAUGCGUCUUGGGAGUCCUCGACUCUUGUUACUAGGUCACUUGGUGCUUAAGUACUUCAUAUCUUUUGAAACCCCCUGCAACUAAUAUCAAGAGGUCUGACUUUCUUUGUAGAUCAUACUUACGAUGUGCAGGCCCCGUCUGAAGAGGGCAGGGGCACUAGCGGGAAGCAUGCAUAGGGGGUGGGUAUUGGGAUUUGCCUGUAUCGGGUGCAUUUUGGUUAAUGAUUGUAAUCCAUGUAAUAUCUCCCCAAUGUUUCUUCUAAGGUAGUAUAUAGUAAUGCAAGAGUAUACUCUUUGUUUUAUUAAGAGUUAUGUUUUCUACACAAGUCAUUCUGUAAUGACACUGUGGUCUUUCAGCUCAGGUUGGUUUUCAUUUAUCAUCUCCUGAGGAAGGGGCCUAUGCCAGGGGCAAAGCUAGCAGUUUCUCCUCCAGUUUGUCACAGAAACUCGUCUCAAUCCCUUCAUUCCAGGUGUCGCAGCUCACUACUGCCUAGUGUAAAGUCCACUUCAUUCCUCAGGGGUGUGGAGGGGAUGUGGAGGAAGGUGUUUGAUGGAAACACUCUGAACUUGCCAGAAGCAGGCAUCGGGCGUAGUUCACCAGAGUUUCAGGGAAAGGGGCAGCUGGGAAAGCGAAUCGGCGGUGAUUUACGAGCUGACGAGCACUUGGAAAAUCCAGCUGGCACUACAAUAGAAAGAUAACUAGCACAGUGUGACUGACGUAAUCUUAUCAAGACCCACUUUAGCGAUGGUCUCCCCAUGUUCAUGUGGCUCGCAACCAAAGCCCUUCGGUAACACAGUGCACCCGUUCGAUUUAACAUUAGAGGUGUGAAUAUUACAAGGGCCUUUUGUGCCUACCAAAGUAUGUAGCCCUGCCCCUCAGUCAUAAGGGAAAACCACACUGGAAAUGGUGAAAGGAUCCUGACAUCCCAAGACCGGUUCCGACAAGCUGAGAGACGCAC